GCAGGGAGGGAUAGAGUGUCCCCGGGGAGGGGCCAGCCUGGCUCCACCCCCACCCUCCCUCCACCCCUUGGGAGCUUAGGCGGCCCCUGGCCAGGUGAGGCCUUGGCCGCUCUGCCGGGCCUGGUACAGCCCUCCAGAUAACGGCUUUGCUCCACCCCCACACUGGCUGCCAGUGGAGGCCACGUGGCCACGGGAAUGACCAGCCAGGCCUUCCCAGAGGCCAGGCCUCCCCAGGCUGAAGUUAGGAGCUUCCUGCCCACAGAGAUGAGUAAUGCCUCCGGGCUUCUGGGAACAGCUGGAGUGCCCCCGGCAUCCUCCACCUGGCCGCAGCCCAGCGCCCCCACAGCCAUGCCCACAGUGCCAGCCGGGCCCCAGAUGGCCCGCGUGGAGAACGGCUCCCAAGGAGCCCCCCGGCUCUUCCUCACCACCGCGCUGGCCAGAGGCGUCUCGGGAGUCUUCGUGUGGACAGCCCUGGUGCUCACCUGCCACCAGAUCUACCUGCACCUGCGCUCCUACACUGUGCCCCAUGAGCAGCGCUAUAUCAUCCGCCUGCUACUCAUCGUGCCCAUCUAUGCCUUCGACUCCUGGCUCAGCCUCCUCCUCCUGGGAGACCACCAGUACUAUGUCUACUUUGACUCCGUGCGAGACUGCUAUGAAGCCUUUGUGAUUUACAGCUUCCUCAGCCUCUGCUUCCAGUACCUAGGGGGCGAGAGUGCCAUCAUGGCUGAGAUCCGUGGCAAGUCUAUCAAGUCCAGCUGCUUCUAUGGGACCUGCUGCCUCCGGGGCCUGUCCUACUCCAUUGGCUUCCUGCGCUUCUGCAAGCAGGCGACGCUGCAGUUCUGCAUCGUGAAACCUAUCAUGGCUAUGACCACCAUCAUCCUCCAGGCAUUUGGCAAAUACCACGAUGGCGACUUCAAUGUCCACAGCGGCUACCUGUAUGUGACUCUGGUCUACAACACUUCCGUCAGCCUGGCCCUCUAUGCCCUGUUCCUUUUCUACUUCGCCACCAAGGAGCUCCUGCAGCCCUUUGAGCCGGUCCUCAAGUUUCUCACCAUCAAAGCGGUCAUCUUUCUCUCCUUCUGGCAGGGGCUGCUGCUGGCCAUCCUGGAGAGGUGUGGGGUCAUCCCCGAGGUCCAAGCCAUCGACGGCACAAGGGUGGGGGCGGGCACGCUGGCCGCGGGCUACCAGAACUUCCUCAUCUGCAUUGAGAUGGUCUUUGCCUCCAUUGCCCUGCGCUAUGCCUUCACCUGCCAGGUGUACUCCGAGAAGAAAGAGCACUCGCCAGGCCCCCCGGCACCCAUGCAGAGCAUCUCCAGUGGCCUCAAGGAGACAAUCAGCCCACAGGACAUUGUGCAGGACGCCAUCCACAACUUCUCCCCGGCCUACCAGCAGUACACACAGCAGGCCACACAAGAGGCCCCAGCGCCCAGCCACCCCUCACCUGGCACCCUCCCUGGUCUGGCCAGUGGCUCUGGAGGGGGCAGGAAAAGUCGAAAUGUGGAGAAACGCAUGCUAAUCCCCUCAGAGGACCUGUAGCGUGUCUCAGGGUCUCUGUGCCUGGCUGGGGGCUUAGUCUGCCUGAGCCUCUGGGCAGGACAGGGUCCCCUACCCACAACUCUUACUGGAGGUCCAGCCUGCAAGGCCAUAGGCACCUUUUCAUGCUGUGUCCAGCCAGGGGUCAGGGUGCCUGUGGGCCACCGCACGGGAGGAGUCACCUGACUACCCUGGACAAGCCUUAGGACCCACUUGGGACCUGGCCGCAGACCUCAGGAGGUCACUGAAAGGCUGAACAUGAAUGUGGCCACGGGGUCACACACACGGCACAGUAGAGGAUGGCCAGGUCUCAGGUUUGGGACUUCCAGGAGAAAUGGGAACCCAGCCUGGCGACAGAGGGACCCUGUGCCGUGUACUGGGGGUGUGCUGAGCCUGGCUGAGGACAUCCUGGAUGCAUAGAGAAGGCUCCCCUGUCCCCCCCAUUCCAGCCACAGGAGGCCUGGCAAGGUCCCAGCCACGUCCAUCUGCACAGAACCACUGUGGGAUGGCCUUCCAAGCGCACGAACACCCCCUGUGAGCUCUCCUUAUUUAUAGAUAAACACCUUGAAUUUUCUCCUUCCUUUUUUUUUUUUGUCCUUUGUGGGGCUUGAACUCAGGACCUAGGCACUGUCCCUGAGCUAUUCUGCUAAAGGCCAGCAAUCUAACACUUUGAGCUGCUGACCCACUUCCAAUUUUCUGGUGGCUAAUUGGAGAUCAGUAUGUCAUGGACUUUCCUUCCUGGG